AUGACACAAAAUCACCUGGAAGUUGCUCGAGUAAGAAACCUUUCCAGCAUUAUUCUUGGUGAACAUAUAAUAGAGCCAUGGUACUUCUCGCCAUAUCCGAUAGAAUUAACAGAGGAGGACGAAAUUUAUAUAUGUGAUUUUUCGUUGUGCUAUUUUGGAUCCAAGAAACAAUUUGAAAGGUUUAGAUCAAAGUGUACAUUAAAACAUCCUCCAGGAAAUGAAAUUUAUAGAGAUUCCAAGGUUAGCUUUUGGGAAAUUGAUGGACGAAAGCAAAGAACAUGGUGCAGAAAUUUGUGUUUGCUAAGCAAAAUGUUUCUUGAUCAUAAAACAUUAUACUACGAUGUCGAUCCUUUCAUGUUUUAUAUCAUGACAGUAAAAUCCGCUGAAGGUCAUCAUGUAGUGGGGUACUUCUCCAAAGAAAAAGAAAGUGCUGAUGGAUACAAUGUUGCUUGUAUUUUGACAUUACCAUGUUAUCAAAAAAAGGGGUACGGUAAGUUGUUGAUCCAGUUUUCAUAUAUGUUGUCGAGUGUUGAAAAGAAAGUAGGAUCCCCUGAGAAACCAUUAUCCGAUUUGGGGUUGUUAUCAUAUCGUGCGUAUUGGACGGAUACGUUGGUGAAGUUGUUAGUUGAGAGAAACAAUCCAAGUUUAUAUCGUAAGAACAACCCACAGGCUAUACCAGAAGAAGAAGAGAAUGGUAAUGGUUCUGCCGCAUCCACACCAGGACCCGGGACUGCUUCUUCAUCAGGGGUUGGUACCAGACUGGGACUUAAUGCUCAACCAAAUUUUUCCAAUGAAAUCACAAUCGAAGAAAUAUCAUCAAUCACUUGCAUGACGACAACAGACAUUUUGCAUACGUUAACCACUUUGCAAAUAUUACGAUACUACAAAGGUCAGCAUAUUAUUGUGUUAACAGAUCAAAUUAUGGCAAUGUAUGAAAAAUUGGUCAAGAAAGUAAAAGAGAAGAAGAAACACGAAUUGGAUCCAAGGUUAUUAGAAUGGACACCACCACUGUUUACAGCGAAUCAAUUACGUUUUGGAUGGUAG